UCCCACAGAACCUAGAUUUCUAUCUGCGUCACAUCCCUGCUUCAGAAAUUUCGAAUUCUGGUCGCUUCUCAACCCCGCUGAAGGACAAUAGAAGAUGGCUCCAGCAGACGAGCAAGUCGACGUCCUCGUCAUUGGCGCUGGCCCUACAGGCCUUGGUGCUGCGAAGCGCCUCAACCAGAUUGAUGGACCAUCAUGGAUGAUCAUCGAUUCAAACGAGACACCCGGUGGUCUUGCCUCCACAGAUGUCACUCCUGAAGGCUUCCUCUACGAUGUUGGUGGCCAUGUCAUCUUCUCCCACUACAAGUACUUCGAUGACUGUAUCGACGAAGCAUUGCCCAAGGCCGAAGACUGGUAUACCCACGAGCGUAUUUCCUACGUGCGCUGCAAAAAUCUUUGGGUCCCAUACCCAUUCCAGAACAACGUCUCCGUCCUACCAAAGGAGGACCAAGUCAAGUGCAUUGACGGCAUGAUCGAUGCUGCAUUGGAAGCACGCACCGCACACACAAAGCCGACGAACUUUGAUGAAUGGAUUGUCCGAAUGAUGGGAACUGGAAUUGCCGACCUGUUCAUGAGACCAUACAACUAUAAGGUUUGGGCAGUCCCAACUACGAAGAUGCAAUGUGCCUGGCUUGGAGAGCGUGUUGCCGCACCAGAUGUCAAGACCUGUGUGAAGAAUGUCAUUCUCAACAAAACCGCCGGAAACUGGGGUCCUAAUGCUACCUUCCGAUUCCCUGCCCGGGACGGAACUGGCGGUAUCUGGAUUGCCGUUGCGAACACUUUGCCUAAGAAGAAGACCCGCUUUGGAAAGCAGGGUGAGGUCUCAAAGGUCAAUGCUGAGGCUCACACCGUUACCUUGAAGAGCGGGAAGACUAUCGGAUACAAGAAGUUAAUCACUACCAUGGCUGUGGACCAGCUCGUGGAACAGAUGGAAGACAAGGAGCUCAUCAGCUUAAGCAAGGGUCUUUUCUACUCUUCUACUCACGUCAUUGGCGUCGGUAUUCGAGGAGAGCGCCCCGAAAGAAUCGGAGACAAAUGCUGGCUCUACUUCCCAGAAGAUGACUGCCCCUUUUACCGUGCGACCAUCUUCUCCAAUUACUCUCCAUACAACCAGCCAGAGAAGUCUGUCAAGCUCGCAACUCAAUAUCAUGCAGAUGGCAGCAAGGCCAAGUCUAGUGAGCCAAGGGAAGGCCCGUACUGGUCCAUCAUGUUGGAAGUUUCUGAGUCUUCAAUGAAGCCUGUGGACCAUGCCAACCUCCUCAAGGAUUGCAUUCAAGGUCUCAUCAACACUGAGAUGAUCAAGCCUGAGGAUGAGAUCGUCUCUACCUAUCACCGUCGCUUCGAUCACGGGUACCCAACUCCCUCCCUCGAGCGUGAAGGUGUUCUCAAGGAGCUCCUCCCCAAACUCCAAACUAUGGACAUUUACUCUCGUGGACGAUUCGGAAGCUGGAGAUAUGAAGUCGGCAAUCAGGAUCAUUCAUUCAUGCUUGGCGUUGAGGCCGCGGAUUACAUUGUGAACGGUGCGGUUGAGCUUACUCUCAACUAUCCCGACUUCGUCAACGGCCGCAAGAAUGAGGAGCGACGACUUAUCGAGGGAAACCAUGUCUUCCGCAACAAAGCCACCGACAAGGCUGAUGCCGCUGGUGAUGCCAAGAUUGUUGACAUCGAGGCAAAUAAGGCGGGACUCACCAACGGAACCAACGGCACUCUGCCUACUCGGGAGAGAGCAUCGUCCAAGGCUCAUUCCAGCUCCCACAAUAGAAAGUCGUCCAAGAGUGUCAAGUAGAGAGUGCUUCGACUUCGAUUUCCAAGUUGGAAGGUGGUUGUUUUCUAGAGUAUUAGAUUUGCAUGCGCAUUUUUUGCUUGGAGCAAAAGUGUGAUUGUUGUCGCAAUUUCAGCGCGUAUAAGGGGAAUCUUGAGCAUCUGUCGAACCUGAAGAGAGUCUGGGAACUUGCUGGUGUUUUGCUAGGAU